CGAGCACGUCUUCUCAUUCAAGCUCCACUCCAAGGUGCGAAAGGUGGGGGGCAGUCGGCAGCGCAAGCAGCAAAUCUCGGCGAACUUGUCGGAGAAAGAUCCAGGACCUGAGGCGGGUUCCAAAGCGAAGAAAGCCGCCAAAGCUGGAGCGCAUGAUGAUGCUGAUACGCCUUCAGGCAUCGAUGGAGGCGAUCCCGCAACGGAUGCUCCGAAGCCCAAAAAACGUCGGAAAAAGGCGAAUGCAGCCGCAGAAGCUAUUUCGGCAGAACAGGAACAAGCGCUUGCCGGAGGAUCAGCUACCCCGUCUGUGUCUGAAACGUUGACGGGUGGGGUUAGAGGCUCACGGCAGGAGGAUGAUGACUACACACUUUCACGCCGGGAGCACUAUUGUCCCGUCGUUUGGUUGAGAUUGGAUCCGGAUCUGCAAUGGAUAGCGGAAUGGGAAUGGGAGAACCUGCCGGAGUACAUUUUCUUGGAGCAGCUUCAUCGCGACCCGGACGCCGCCGCGCAAUGCUUGGCUCUCCGAGCCCUGACAAGCUAUCCCAAAGCCACACAAGACACAACAGCGCUAGUUGGCAGCGUUCAAUCGGGCACGACGCUACGACCCAGCUUGGCGGCCCAGGCCAUGAGCGAUUGCGUGCGAGGCAAGCAGGGGCCAGGGUGGGUGGAGCCCUCCUUGAACGUGCGCAUGGAGGCGGCUCGGGCGCUGGCGGCUUGGCAGAGCAACCACGCGCCAGGAUCCAUGAUAACAGCAGAUUCAGGAUGGCGAGGUUUGGAUUUCCUUUUUUGCGCUUAUCGGGAGCGCUACUUCGAUGCCACAUCAAGGGUGCCUCUGCCCGCAGACUUCACGGAUGAGGCAGAGUACCAGCU